AUGCAACCUAGGCGUGUAUUUGGGACUUUGCCCCAAUUGGAUAACCCUGAACAUGAUCAUGUCAUGGAGCUGACAUCUCCUAUGCAAGGCAUGGAACAGGGACAUCAGGAAGGAGUAGGAAUUACCCCUUCUAAACAGGCUGACCAACCAGAUAUGGAAUCAUUCCAACUUGCCACAGCCAGGAUCCUAGACCCUAGGCAUGAGAAUCCAGGGAAUAACACACCCUUGAAGGACCCUGCCACCAGGGAAAAGGACACCCCUUUGGCACUACCUGGCUACACAGCCCUCACUCCCCCUCACUUGCCCACCAUUACCUCGCGCACUCCCACUUGCUCCUCUUCCCGUGCUUCCUCUCACGCUGGCCGCUCCUACCCGCCAACACAUACCAUGGCAACCCGUUCCCGGCCAGCCUCUCGAACCCGCUCCCCAAUUGAUCAAGGGGAGCUGGGAUCCCAACUUUUGGCAGCCCCCUAUGUUGAAAUAGGGGAAGUCUCCCUCAAGCAAAUUACAAGCCUCCUCCUUGGCCUCCUUGGCCAAGUUGAGCACCUUGAACGGAAAGUGGAAGAAGUCCAAGAAGCAGGGGUCGAGGCCCGCACCAACCUUGAGAACAUCUCUCAAGCCGUUGAUACUGUCAAGGAUGGGCUUAGAAGCCUCCAACUCCAUGGGCCCCGGACCCUGGAAGACACAAAACCCCUGGCUGUGGAAGCAACGCCACGUCCCUUAUCAAAAAUUGACCCUAUUGGAUCGACUAGUUGGGUCUCAUUCUGGCCUGAACCAUCUAAAGGGCUCCCCACCUUUGCCCAACCCACUCCUGUCCAAGCAGUGCCCCUGCAAGUCCCAUCUCCCCCUCCAUCUCUGCGUCUCCAAUCCCCGAUUGGGACAACUGCCCCUCCACCUCCGGCUCCAGUCACCGCCUAUCCUGCACCAGUCAAGGUUGACCACCCCAACGCCUACACAGGCAAAAUAGGGAGCAAAGCAAAGCAGUGGUUGACUUGGAUGUUAGCCUGGACCCGCCUCAACUUGCAAAUGUUCCCCACCAACCAAGAGGUUCUAUCCUUCCUCUUGAUGAACAUGAAGGACACCGCUGGGGCCUGGGCCCACCCUCACCUUGACCAGCUUGGCUCACACCGGGCCAUCAUUCAAACAGUCAAAGGUUUCAAAUUGGAGUUCUUGGCUGCAUUUGUCCGGCACAUGCGCGGACUACAUUACAAAGUUCAGGACCUUGGCAAUGGAACUGGACUGGAACAACGCGGCCCUUUGAGGCCAGUUUGCCCGUGGCCUCCAUUGGGAGAGCUGCAAAAUGCAGCACUUGUCAUCAAUAACGCCCUCCGCAAGGAGCGUGCUAGCCAUCUGCCAAAGGAUAAUAAGUCUAGCAGACCAUCUAACCCCGCAAGGGGGACAAGUACCGGCCAGACAAGCACCGGUUCUAAGGGACUUUCCGACAACCCAAACUUUGUGUUGGAAGAAGAACAAAACCGCCGCUGCGCCGCCGGCGCUUGCAUCAAGUGCGGUAAAAUGGGCCACAAGUUUGCGGAAUGCCGCAUGGGCUGGAAGGCUACCCCUAUUGAGGACAAGGGGAAAGCCAAGGAAACCGCCAAAAUUGGCAAAGACUCCAAGUACCAAUUGGGAAAAGAAAUCUCCCCCCUGUUUACAAUUUUGAUUAAACCAGAGAAGCAAGCGGAAUACUUAGAAGUCCUGAUAGAUUCAGGCGCCACAUUGUCAUUCCUUCACCCCUGUACCGCCAAGGCAUUACGCCUUCCACUCAUAGACCUCCCUUCUCCCCGCACCGUGACUAUGCUUGAUGGGUUGAGCCCCCAGGCUGGCAAAAUUUGGAAGAAGGCUAACCUAACCUUCUCCUUCAAUGGCAAAUGUAUGACCAAGACCUUCUUGAUCUGCAACACAGGGUCCCACGCUGCCAUCUUGGGAUUGAAAUGGUUGGAUGCCCAUAAUCCAGAGAUUGAUUGGAAUCAACGCACCCUCUCCUUUCCCCACGCACCACCGGAACAUGUAGCCAUUGCUGAGGAGGAGGAAGCCAAUCAGAACCCCCUUGAAGGAGUCCCUCCCAAGUACCACCAAUACGCCAAGGUAUUUGGGGAGGAGGAAUUCAACAAGCUUCCCCUGCACCGGCAUUAUGACAUUGGGAUUGAACUGACAGAAGAAGGUCCCUUGAACUCUCCGCUAUAUAGCAUGACUGACACCGAAUCCACCACGCUCAAAGAUUGGCUCAGGGAUGAACUCAAGGCAGGCAAGAUCCGCCCCAGUAAAUCUUCUAUCAGCUCCCCUGUAAUGUUUGUACCCAAAAAGGACGGGUCCUGCCGUCUAGUUGUUGAUUAUUGCCGCCUUAACAACCGCACCAAAAAGAACGUCUACCCGCUUCCUUGCCCAGACAACCUCAUGGCCCAGCUCCGUGGCGCCAAGGUCUUCACCAAGCUGGACUUACGUUGGGGUUACAACAAUUACGGCCUCUACAAAUCCCUGGUUAUGACCUUUAGUUUAACAAACGCACCUGCCGCUUUCCAGCAUUUUAUGAACAAGCUAUUCAAGGAUUUACUGGAUGUAUGCAUCAUUAUCUACCUUGAUGAUAUCCUGAUAUACUCCAAGGAUGACGCAUUGCAUACACAACACGUUCAUGAGGUUCUGAGGCAACUAAUGGAAAAUCAACUGUUCUGCAAGGCAUCCAAGUGCACGUUCCACGUCACCUCUGUGGAAUACCUAGGGAUCAUUGUCUCAGAUAAGGGUUUUAGCCUGGAUAAGCUCAAAAUCCAGGCGGUACAAGAUUGGCCGGUACCUACUAAGGUUAAAGAAGUCCAAUUGUUUCUGGGAUUUGCCAACUUCCUUUGUUGUUUUGUUGCCAACUUUAGCCACAUGGCUAGGCCGUUACAUAACCUAGUAAAGAAGGACACACCAUGGAAGUGGGACACCAGGGAACAAGAAGCCUUCCAAGGGUUAAAAAAUGCCAUCACCAACGCCCUGGUCCUUUGUCACGCCGACCCCUCCAAACCUUAUUUCUUGGAAACAGACACCUCUGGUGCAGCCUUGGGAUCCAUACUCAGCCAACGCCAAGAAGACGGCUGCCUGCACCCGUUAGGUUUCUUAUUGGAGUCAUUCAAGGGGGCCAAGCAAAACUAUGACACGCACGACAAGGAGCUUCUAGCCAUCAUCCGCUCCUUCAAGUACUGGCGCAUCUUCCUGGAAGGAACACCACAACCAAUCACUGUGUUCACGGACCAUCAUAACCUGGAAUAUUGGAAAGAAUCCCGGACAUUCAAUUGUUGCCAUGCACAAUGGCACCUGCUACUAGCCGGGUACAAUUUCCAGAUAAUCUACUGCCCAGGGAAACAGUCAGGAAAACCUGAUGCCCUCUCACGACGUGCUGAUCAUGCUGACAUUCCACCUGCGGAUCAAACCAUGCUCCCAGACCCCGUAUUUGCCAACAUUGCCCUAGUAACUCCCAAAAAAGAGCUACAAUGCCAGAUCAAGGCUUCUCUAGACCAGGAUGAAUCCUUGGAAGAAAUCUUACAGUUCCUACAAAAUGAGUCCAAGGCACCACCCUCCAUUAAACGCGCAUUCAAGGAUUAUGAAAUGGAGGCUGGCCUAUUGUUUUACCAAGGACGGAUUGUAGUACCGGACGUAGGAACCUUGAGGACGGAUUUGCUCAGAAUCUUCCACAAUAGCCCAUUGGCGGGCCAUCCAGGCAGACAGAGGACUCUAGAGUUAGUCUCCAGGACUUACUACUGGCCUGGCAUCCGUGCCAACACAUACUGGCACGUCGACUCAUGUGAAAUCUGCCAACGGAUUUGGAAACCCAAGUACGCGUCAAUCCCACCUCAGCCUCUAGAACUCCCAUCACGCCCGUGGCAACAUGUGUCAUACAACAUGAUAGUAGACCUGCCCAAGGACGGGAAUUGUGACUCUAUCCUGGUCAUUGUGGAUAGUUUUACCAAAUACGUGAUCCUAGUAGAAUGUUCCAAGAAGCUCAAAGCCCCGGAGUUAGCAGAUCUAUUCCUACGUCAUGUAUGGAAACGCUACGGCAUGCCUGAGAAGACAAUAUCAGACUGUGGACGGGUUUUUAAUAACAAAUUCCUGAAGGCCCUGUACCAACGCCUGGGAAUAGACCCCCACUUCUCUUUGGCCUACCAUCCUCAAAGCGACAGGCAAAUAGAACGUGUGAAUCCCACGGUUGAACACUUUUUACAGGCAUACUCAGGGGUAAACCAGAAAGACUGGGUCAAGUGGUUACCAAUGGCAGAAUUUGCCUACAACAACGCAGUACACAGUUCAACAGGCAAAUCCCCCUUUAAGGCACUAUACGGCUGGGAACCUUCCUUGACUCCAAGUAAUGUCCCAACAGACGUCCCCGAGGCAGACAAUCUAGCAACUCAGAUGGAAGAACAAUGGCGGGAAAUAGAGGCAGCACUCUGGCAAUCAAAGACACGCAUGGUGGCCGGAGAAGUAGGAGAACCAAUUGAGUUCAAAAUUGGGGAGGAAGCCUGGCUAGACGCCAAAAACGUGAAGCUGAAGACCCUUAGUCCAAAGCUAACCAAACAACGCCUAGGCCCCUUCAAAGUAACCAAGAAAAUCUCCAACAGAGCAUACCGCCUGGAACUCCCGCCCACAAUGAGAAUCCACAACGUUUUCUACAUGGGUCUUCUGUCAAAAGUCAAAAGGGACAAAAAGCGCAACUUUGAGAACCGGCCACCACCUGUCACCAUGGAUGGAGAAGAAGAAUACAAAGUUGAAGGGAUCACAGACAUGGAAGAAAGGAACGGGAAGUGGUUUUUUAGGGUAAAAUGGAAAGGCUACAGAUCAGAAGAGAAUACCUGGGAACCAAGGGAGAACCUCAAAAACGCCAAAAAAAUCCUAGAAAAAUUUGAAAAGGAAAUGAAAAGGAAGGCCCUUGGCGUUGCCAAGGCCCUUAGAGGGGGGGCAGUGUUGUAG